AUGAAACGCCUCCUCCAACCGCCUCCUCCAACCGCCCCCUCCAACCGCCCCUCCAACCGCCCCCUCCAACCGCCCCUCCAACCACCUCCUCCAACCACCUCCUCCAACCAACUCCUCCAACCCCUCCUCCAACCGCCUCCUCCAACCGCCUCCUCCAACCGCCCCCUCCAACCGCCCCCUCCAACCGCCCCCUCCAACCGCCCCCUCCAACCGCCCCCUCCAACCGCCUCCUCCAACCGCCCCCUCCAACCACCUCCUCCAACCACCUCCUCCAACCCCCUCCUCCAACCGCCUCCUCCAACCGCCUCCUCCAACCGCCUCCUACAACCGCCUCCUCCAACCGCCUCCUCCAACCGCCUCCUCCAACCACCUCCUCCAACCACCUCCUCCAACCAACUCCUCCAACCCCUCCUCCAACCGCCUCCUCCAACCGCCUCCUCCAACCGCCCCCUCCAACCGCCCCCUCCAACCGCCCCCUCCAACCGCCUCCUCCAACCGCCCCCUCCAACCGCCCCCUCCAACCGCCCCUCCAACCGCCUCCUCCAACCGCCCCCUCCAACCACCUCCUCCAACCACCUCCUCCAACCCCUCCUCCAACCGCCUCCUCCAACCGCCUCCUCCAACCGCCUCCUACAACCGCCUCCUCCAACCGCCUCCUCCAAGCACCUCCUCCAACCACCUCCUCCAACCACCCCCUCCAACCGCCCCUGCCAUGCUUUAGCCGUUACUCCCUAA